AUGGCGAUGAGGGCGUGGAGGCGGAGCGCGGCGGCGAGGGCCCCGGCGCACCUGUGCCUGUGGCUGGCGCUCGUCGCCGCCACCCUGGUGCUCGCCCAGGUGCUCAUCCACCUCGGUAAGAAGUCGAACCUGUCGGAGGUGACGCACAAGGUCUACUUCGACAUUGAGAUCGACGGCAAGCCCGCAGGUCGGGUUGUCAUGGGACUUUUCGGCAAGGCUGUUCCUAAAACCGCAGAGAACUUCAGAGCACUCUGCACAGGAGAGAAAGGCAUGGGCAACAGCGGCAAGCCUCUCCACUACAAGGGGAGUUCGUUCCACAGAAUUAUCCCCAGCUUCAUGAUCCAAGGAGGUGACUUCACUCUUGGCGAUGGAAGGGGCGGUGAAUCAAUCUACGGCACAAAGUUCGCCGAUGAGAACUUCAAGCUCAAGCACACUGGACCAGGCUACCUUUCCAUGGCCAAUGCUGGGAGAGAUACCAAUGGAUCCCAGUUCUUCAUCACCACUGUAACCACGAGCUGGUUGGAUGGCAAGCACGUCGUGUUCGGCAAGGUGUUGUCUGGAAUGGACGUGGUCUACAAGGUUGAGGCCGAGGGCAAGCAGAACGGGACGCCAAAGAGCAAGGUUGUCAUCGCCGACAGCGGAGAAGUGCCGCUGUGA